CAAAGACCAGAGACCAGAGGACAGGAUCCUAGUAAACACAGAGACCAGAGACCAGAGGACACGAGGAAUCCUAGCAAACACAGAGACCAGAGGACACGAGGAAUCCUAGCAAACACAGAGACCAGAGGGAUCCUAGUAAACACAGACCGGGUCUUUCUCCUCACUGAGAUCUUUGCUUUAAUCAUGAGGAACGAGUCUGAAGAGGUUGCUUUGAAAGAAGCCAGAAGACGUGAACGCCAAGCAGCUUUGGAAGAUACAGAUGCUGACAUUGGCUUUUGCGGCUGGCUGUUGAUUAUACUUUCUGGUCUCCUUAUCCUGGUGACACUGCCCAUCUCAAUCUGGAUGUGCAUUAAGAUUGUGAAAGAGUAUGAGAGAGCCAUCAUCUUUCGCCUGGGGCGCAUUGUGCGAGGUGGAGCCAAAGGUCCCGGAAUGUUCUUCAUCGUGCCGUGCACUGACAGCUUUAUUAAUGUGGACUUGCGCACCAUCACCUUCGACAUCCCACCACAAGAGGUUUUGACCAAAGACUCUGUAACAGUGAGUGUUGAUGGUGUGGUGUACUACCGGGUCCAGAAUGCUACCCUGGCUGUGGCUAACAUCACUAAUGCAGAUGCCGCCACAAGGCUGCUGGCCCAGACCACCCUGAGGAACGUCCUGGGGACCAAGAACCUGUCAGAGAUCCUGUCUGACCGUGAGGAAAUCGCACAUAGCAUGCAGUCCACUCUUGAUGAUGCUACUGAUGACUGGGGGAUCAAGGUGGAGCGAGUGGAGAUCAAAGAUACCAAGCUGCCCCUUCAGCUCCAGAGAGCAAUGGCCGCUGAGGCUGAGGCCAGCCGCGAAGCCAGAGCCAAGGUGAUCGCCGCAGAGGGAGAGAUGAACGCUUCUCGGGCGUUGAAGGAGGCCUCUCUGGUGAUUGCUGAGUCUCCGUCAGCCCUGCAGCUGCGUUACCUUCAGACCCUCAACACCAUCGCUGCUGAGAAAAACUCAACCAUCAUCUUCCCGCUGCCACUGGAGAUGAUGCGCGGCUUGAUCAAGUAAUGAGGGGAGUCUCAAACACUCAGUAACACUUAGACUCGCAUACAAUUUGUGGUUCUUGUGUUUAUUGAGCAAGAGCUGAUUGGCAUUUGAACACACCUCAGAUACUUUAACAGUCAGCCUAGUUCAUCAUUUGUUUUGAGGUAGCAGCAGUCUGCAUUUGAAAGCUUAAAAAGAAGACUGGAUCACUGAUUAACUGACAUAUUACUUCUUUCCAAAAGGAAAAGUUGUUUUGCUUUUAGAUUAAUUUGACAGCUUAGGUAAUUUAGGAAAAAUGACAUUUAAAACUUGGUGCUUUAUUACAAUGCAUACAUCAGUUUUGCAUCUAAACUUUAAGGCCUGCUGAAUGGCUGCAGAGGCUGGACAUCCUCUGAGUGAAACUUUAAGGUAUUUAUGAGAUUAAACUUAACAAGGCAGCAGUGCAGCAGGUGGUUGCGCUUUUAUCCAGCAGUUUAAUUUUUUGUCCUUUUUAUGCUUCAAAUGUGUCAAAGUAGGAGAAGAACCCACAACUUUCCUAUCUUCAGUUUUACAAGCAUUUAAGCAAAGUGCCUGCUGGGUAUGAGGCCUUACCUACACACACACACACACACACAGAAACACACACACACUCUCAAAUAUAUGCAUACACAUUAACAAAUACAUAUUUCUGUACCUCGAGUUAUCUUCAACUCCAACCACUGCCAGAUCAUCAUCCCCAUCAUUAUUUAAUGCUGCAAUCAUUUAGAAACUAAAACUAGUUACCCGUUUAUAACCACUAAUGACUUGUUUCCUGUUUCUAAUGUGCCAUUGCAAGCUUUUUCUUAUUUAUAGGGAACAUUCAUUCCAGUACAAUGAACACCAUAUCCUCCCCAUACCAAGACAGAACAUUCACUUUACAUUAUGCUGCUCUUCAUGGCCCUGUCACAUCUUGACGAUUUAGCCAGCGUUUUCCUGAUGUAUCAAAAUGCCUCGGAAACGCUGACAUAUGCCCAACUAUAGUCCACUUGUGCAAAGCACGUGGCAGCGUAACAACGUAACGUAAGUGUAUAAAAGGCUGCCGCUAGUUAAUGACGAUGUAUACGUUUUGAAAUGAGAUGCUCUUCAUUGGGGAUUAAAAAACGUGUGUUAUUAAAAACUCUGCAGUCUCUCUUUGUAAGAACAUGAUGAGCCGUGGAGAGAGUCAGAGGAGUGAAACCAGCAGGAACACAGCCUCUGCUCUUUACAAGAAGUUACACUUAUUGACUGCGCUUUCAAAAACGUCACAUUUUGAACUUCAUUAAAUUCAACAACAACAGCUUUAUCGUUGAACACCACCAGACUCUGACAUGCUGGCUUCAGCGUCUGUUUCAGAGGCUCUGCUAUUUGACACUGAGUGAGGACUCCAAGGCUUCUCACACACAUGCAGACACACAUCUCUACGUGUGUGAACAUGUGUCAACCAUCGCAGAACUAACCUACAACUUAUGGCAGGCGUAUGCCGGUCGAUGAUCCAUACGCUGAAUACUUACUCGCCGUACUACGACAAAUACCAGCGUGCUUCAGCAUGCUCUUAACUUAUACAAAACUUAACUAUAACUUAUGCGACGUACGCCAGCGUACUCGCCAAUUUUUUUAUACGCCGGCUAAAUCGUCAAGGUGUGACAGGGCCAUCAGCCAUCACACUUUCUUUUUCACUUUAUCUGGUUAGUGAGAGAAGAGAGGGAGAGAGACGUGCUGGUUUAAAGAUCAGCUUUGCCUUUUUACAACAUCAAGUGUUGAACAUACGGUGCACAAACAGACUGAACUGUUAACUUUUUUGGUGCCAUGAGAUCAUUUGAUGCAAAAUCUGGAAAGGUGAAGUCUUGUUAGAUUUUGUGUUUGGUUUGCUUUUUACAAUUUAAACUAGUAGAAGAGUUCAGCAGAGAUCUUAAAAUAACUGCAGAGUGGCAUACAGAAACACACACACACACACACACACACACACACACACACACACACACACACACACACACACACACACACACACUUUCCUUUUGUCAAUACUUCUGUCUCAGAUUACGAGCUAAAACUCGACUAAAAGCUUUACAGUCAGGCUGACAGGCUGGAUGCCACUCGUAUAUGUUUACAGUAUCCUCUCUAUUCAAAUACUAUGCUAUAUUUGGAGGGGUGGACAAAUGAUACGGAUCCUCCUAGAUUAGCACAGAGCUGGACCCUUGUGACACAUCAAAACACCGACGUUAUCAGCGGCACAGGUGGUGCUGUGUGUAUCUCGAGCUGUUCCUCUCAUUCGUCCCCCCUUCACUGCUGCAAACAGGGACUGCUGGAAUGUAACUGACUGCAGCUCUUUCAGCCAAAAGCCUUAAACUACUGCCAUCGUCAUGUUGCCACCAACAGUCACACUUGUAUGCACUUUCCAACAAAGUAAUGCAAUGAUUUUAUUUAAAAUCAGUAUUCUAUCACAUAUGAUCUUUCUUUCUUUGAGCAAACAGAUAUUCAUCGUAUAACUGACAUGUCGUAUUACAUUUCAAUCUAUUGGAAUAUAAAAGACGAGAGCGUUAGCCAAAGUAUGUUACACUGUCUAUUGUGUGUCUAAGUAAUAUUACCAGAUAUAAAACAUAUAUAUCAUAUAUCUAGAUAUAUACAGUUUAUAUAACUGUAGUCGUGUGAGGUAGAUUGUAGUUUCACUGUAGUUAGAUUUGUAAUACUUUUCCUUUAUUUGUUACCUGAUACGUCUGUUACAUGAGUUACUUCAGCUUAUCAGUGAUUUUUUUUUUUAUAGUUAAGUUCUGUGUGAGCUUCCAAUGUUAAGUUAAAAGUCUAGUUUGACCUUUUUCAGUGUGUUACAGACAGAAGAGGCAUGGUCAUGUAUGAACAGCUCAGUGGGACCAUGAUUACAGUCCUUUUCGAUGGUUGCAUCUUGUACUCAGGGAAGUGUUUCACUUCUCUUGUAACAGAACUAAUUAAUCCCUGAAGAUCUGCUGUUAAAGAUGUCACACUUUUAUGCUUUUUAGUGUAUUCUGAAUUUGUUGAUAAGUUGAGCAUUUUUCACUAAUACAUACAGUAUGUUUUAUACAUUUCAACCGCGCCUUGAUAUGCUUUUAUUUUGAAAUAGUACAUGAAAAAUCUAAAUAAAGGCUGUUCAAAGCA